AGUAGAAAAGUCAAAGAAAGAAAACAUAUUUCUGUUUUUUAUAAAUUGUUAAAUUAACUUUUAUUAAAAUUUAAUAAUUAUCAAUAUUAAAUGUGCUUAUGUUACAAAAAUAUUUAAAAUUAAUAUUUAAAAUAAACUUUUAAAAAAUAAUAAUAAAUAUAAUAAGUGAUUGGAAUUCGAUGAAUAUUUAAAAAUAUAUAAAAUUUUUCUAUAACCUCUCUAUCAAUGAAGGUUCACAAAAGUAUAAGUUUUGAAAAUAAAACUAUUUUAUAGUGUUUGAUGAUUAUUUAUUACCUAAUAUUUAAUAGGUAAAUCAUGUCAGAAAAAUCAAAGAAAAUUAUAACUCGAUUUCAUCCCAAACAUGGUGAAAAUAUUGUGUUGUGCGACGAUAAUACAGUGGCAUUUCGCAAAGCAAGUUUUGCAAAUGCAUUGACAUUUAGUGAAAAGCCACUUCAACCGGGAGAAAUUUUUCUACUUGAAAUUGAAAAAGAUGAAAGAGGAUGGAGUGGACAUAUGAGAUUAGGUUUAACACAAAUGGAUAUUACCGUUGAGGAUGAGGAAGGUUUACCACAAUGGGCUGUACCAAAUUUGGUGAAAUCAGGUCAAAGUUGGGUUUUCGCAAUUACAAAAAGUCGUAGUAUUUGGGAUAGUUUCGAAGGAAUUGGAGGCACUACGUACGGUAAUGGAAUUCCAGCAAGAGAAAAAAAGCUCGAUACUGAUGGUGUUAAUGUACAUACAUCUCGUGGUAUUAUUCCUUAUAGUGCUCUUCGACCAAAUACUGUUGGAUGUUCACAAAAUAUACUUCCAACCGAUACAGGAAGUCGUAUAGGCGUUAUGUAUGUGCCACAAGCUGGUUCAGAUAAAGCGGAAAUGCAUUUUAUUAUCAAUGGAGAAGAUCAAGGAGUUUGUCAAAAGGAUAUUCCUUAUAAAGCUGGACCUUUGCAUGCAAUAGUUGAUGUUUAUGGUACAACGAAACAAGUUAGAAUAGUUCAACUUUAUGGAUUAUCUACAUUACAAGGUGCUUGUCGAGACGCCAUAUUACAGUAUACGCAAAGAACUGCUGUUAAUUCUCUUCCUCUACCUAAGACUCUGAAAGACUUUCUCCUGUAUAAAUCUUAAUAACAGAACAGAAUUAAUGUUUAUUUAGAAAACAAAAAAAAAAAAAAAAACAAUUUCCUGUUAUUAGUUCUUUUUAUAAGAACAUUAAACUGUAAUAUAUAGAAAAAAAAUUGAUACAAAUUGUAUCUACAAAAAAUUAACAAAUAUUUAAAAAAAAUUAUUUAAAAAAAAACUCAUAAAAAAAUAAAAUAAUUAAAAAAAACACAAAAGUAUUUUGAAAAUAUUACUGAUUUCUAUUGUUAUCAAGUAUUAUCGAAAAAAUACGUCAACUUUUUUUUCAACUUAUAAAAAGAACUACUUUAUAUACAAUUUUUAUUAUAAAUAUACACUAAGUUUUAUUGUAAAGUUUUUUAGAAAAUUUAUAUAUAAAAGGCAGUUUUUAAUUAUUUUUUUUUCCCCCUAUAUGAGAGUAAACUAAUGUAAAUUGUAUAUGUUUAACAAACGAUUUCAUUUUUUUUUAUUGAGGUCUAUACAGAAAUUUUUUAUCUCCAAAUUUAAUUGUUUAUAAAUCGUCGAUUUAUUUAAAUUAUAUCAAAAAAGAAAUCUUUAUUGAAUCUGAAAAUCGUGGAUAUUUCAGUCAAAUUUAAUAUUUUCUUUAUUUAAGAACAUAAUUGUUAAUUGUAUGUAUGAAAAAAAAAUGACACAUGUAAUGUAAAUAUUUAAAACACGCGUGCUUGAAAGUUUUCUGUAAAAAAUAAAAUCUUUCUCUUUUUGUAAAAUAAAUGUAUAAAAUUGUUGAAUAUUAA